AUGUCAAGUGCAACCACUUCUAAGAAGGGGGUCAAGAAGGUUGCUUCUGUGGCCUCCAACGGGAAGCUGAAGCAAGCAUCUCUGAUGUCGUUCUUUUCAAAAAGUAAGGCUCCAGAACCUUCAGAGCCUAGUUCCGAGAAGUCGGAAGAUGCUCUUCCCUCGCCGGUUUCUUCUUCACCUGGUCCAUCUGCUAUCAGUGACACGGAAGACCUUACUGUUACAAAGGUUGAGACGAAAAUCGCGGGGACCCCUGUGGCAAGCAGUAAGAACAGGCUCGCAAGCACUGUCUCGCAAACCCCCGUCUCAAUGGAGAAAAAAGAGACUAAAAACUUAAACAAUGAGCCUCAGUCAUCGCCAAUUGUGGCCCGCAAGAACAAAAAGAGAAUUGACUACGCUGAGAACGACUCAGACGAAGACGAAGACAUCGUGCUGAGCACCCAAAAGAAGAGGAAAACUGCCAAGGCAAUCGUGGAAAGCGACGAUGACGAUGUGUUUGAGGCCGAGUCUGAGUCCAGCGAGGAUGAAGAAGAUGAUGACGAUGACUUCAUAGUUCCUGACGAUGCAGAGGAAGAUGAAGCCGUGGUCGAGGACGUUGACGAUGACGACCUUGAAAUCUUCGAAGAGGUUUCAAAACCGAAGAAGACUAAAGUCAAAAGCUCAAAAGUGAACGUGACUCCAACAAAGACCGCAGUUGAAACUUCCAGUUUCAAAAGUUCCAAUUUGGCCAGCAAGUUUGGGGCCUCCUCGUCAUACGUCUCUUCAACUACCCCUGCUAAAAAGGCGACACCCUCUUCAAACGGCGCCAUCAGUCCUCCAAAGAAGAACUUCGCCAAGGCAAACGAGGAGAGAUACAAAUGGCUUGUGGAAAUUCGAGACGCCGAUGGACAUUUGGAGCAAGAUCCAGAGUAUGAUCCGCGUACCCUGUAUAUUCCCAAAUCAGCUUGGGCCGGAUUCACACCUUUUGAGAAGCAGUACUGGGAGAUUAAGUCGAAGAUGUACGACUGUGUUGUAUUUUUCAAGAAAGGUAAGUUCUACGAGCUUUAUGAGAAGGACGCAGACAUUGCUCACGACAAGUUCGAUCUGAAACUGGCCGGUGGUGGAAGGGCAAACAUGAGACUUGCGGGUAUCCCGGAGAUGUCUUUUGACUACUGGGCAUCUAAGUUCAUUGAUGCAGGUUUCAAGGUUGCUAAGGUUAACCAGAAUGAGUCCAUGCUUGCCAAAGAAAUUAGAGAGAAGGGCAAGACAAUCACCAGAGAAGAGAAGAUCAUCAAGAGAGAGCUUUCUUGUGUCCUCACAGCAGGUACCUUGACAGAGGAGACCAUGCUUACCGAUGAUAUGGGCAAAUAUUGUCUGGCCAUCAAAGAAUGUACCAAUCCUGAUGGUUCCAAAGUAUUUGGUGUCGCAUUCGUCGACACUGCCACUGGAGCUAUCCAACUUACCGAGAUUGAAGAUGACUCAGAGUGCGGAAAGUUGGAGACUUUGCUGGCACAGAUCCGCCCAACGGAGAUUCUAGCAGAAAAGUCGAACAUCUCGUCUUCUGUCGUCAAGAUGUUGAAGUUCAAUUCGGCUCCGGGUUCACUCUGGAACUUUUUGAAGCCUGGAAAUGAGUUUCUCGAUUACGAUUCUACGUGGGAGGAGCUCACCAGAGGCAAAUACUUCCUUGCUGAGAACCUGGAUGACUAUUCGAACUAUCCCAAGAUCCUUGUGGACUACCAGGAAAACCACCAUGUUGGUUUUAGUGCCUUUGGUGCGCUUAUGUGGUAUCUCAAAUCAUUGAAGCUGGAUAAGCCUAUCAUCUCAAUGGGGAACAUCACAAGAUAUGAUGCGGUGAAGAAAUCCACCCAUAUGACUCUAGAUGGUGUUACCUUGCAAAACCUGGAGAUUUUUGCAAACUCUUUUGAUGGUUCUGAUAAAGGAACCCUGUUCAAGCUGUUGAACCGCGCCAUUACCCCAUUUGGUAAGAGGCAGUUCAAGAGAUGGAUUUUCCAUCCUCUCUUUCAACAGAAGCAGAUUGAGGAUAGACUCGAUUCUGUGGAUGUCCUGCUGAACGAUGGUGAUCUGAGAUACGUUCUUGAGUCUACCUUUUCCAAGAUUCCUGACCUGGAAAGACUUUUAGCCAGAAUUCACGGAGGUACUUUGCAGGUCAAAGAUUUCUCCCGGGUCAUUGAAGGGUUCGAGUCGAUCGCAAAACUUGUGAGGAGCCUCAAGGAAAGUUACGGCGAGAGCUUCGAGAGUAUCUCUGGAGCUCUAGGUACCACUCUUUGCACAAUGCCUCCUAAUCUGGAGGUUCGUGUUAAUGCGUGGACCGAUGCAUUCGACAGGGAACUAGCAGUCACCCAGAAUGUCAUCGUACCAGAGAGAGGUGUCGAGGAAGAAUUUGAUGCAAGUCUGGAUAAGAUCAAGGGCCUUGAAGAAAGUCUCGAAGCUCUCGUUAGACAGUACAGACGUGAGUACAAAUCUCAAGAGAUAUGUUACAGAGACAGUGGAAAAGAGAUCUAUUUGAUUGAAGUUCCUGUGAAGGUUGCUUCGAAGGUUCCAAAAGACUGGCAACAGAUGGCUUCCACUUCUAAAGUCAAAAGGUACUGGUCCCCCGAGGUGAAAACACUGGUCAGAGAACUGAUGGAAGCCAGAGAGCUUCACAAGAUUUUGAUGGAAUCGUUGCAAGGACAAAUGUACGCUAGAUUCGACGAAGACUACGAAACCUUGUGGGCUCCCGUCGUGAGAUGUGUGGCUGCUUUGGAUUGUAUUAUUUCGCUCACGAGAGCCUCUGAGUCGUUGGGAACAUGUUCAUCCCGUCCAGUCUUUGUGAACAGUACGCAAGGAAUGAUUGAUUUCAAGGAUCUGCGUCAUCCAUGCUUCACACCAGGUGGUGCUUCUGGUACUCAUGAUUUUAUCCCAAACGAUAUCUCUUUGGGCGUCGACAACUCAGCCAAGGUUUCCUUGCUGACUGGUGCUAAUGCUGCAGGUAAGUCUACCUUGCUCAGAAUGUCCUGUAUUGCUGUUGUCAUGGCACAGAUUGGCUGUUACGUGCCUGCUUCAUCUGCCCGUCUGACUCCAAUUGAUAGAAUUAUGACAAGACUGGGUGCCAAUGAUAACAUCAUGCAAGGAAAAUCGACCUUUUUUGUGGAGUUAUCUGAGACGAAAAGAAUGCUGGACACCGCGACCCCCAGAUCGUUGCUCGUGCUUGACGAGUUGGGAAGAGGUGGUUCUUCCAGUGAUGGUUUCGCGAUUGCUGAGGCCGUUCUUCACCACAUUGCAACUCACAUACAAUCGCUCGGAUUUUUCGCUACACAUUACGGUACCUUGGGAGCUUCUUUCAGGCAUCAUCCAAGAGUCAAGCCCCAACGUAUGGCCAUCCUGGUUGACGAGGAGUCCAAAAACAUUACCUUCCUGUACAAGCUGGAAGCUGGUGCUUCCUUGGGUUCGUUUGGUAUGCAUGUUGCGUCAAUGUGUGGAAUCGAUCGCAAAAUCGUUGACGUUGCAGAAGAAGCUGCCAAAGAGAUGGAACAUACAUCCAAGCUCAAGAAAGCCCAGGCGAAGGUUAGUGGAGAUGAAUUGGCUCUGGUGCCAUUAGGACUGCAAAGUGACUUUGCUUCAUUGCUAAAGGGUGACUUUGGAUCAUGCCAAACAGAAGAGAUGAAGAUGGACGCCUUGACCAGCAUUCUUACGAUUAUUGGUCAGAUAUAG